GAGCUCGCAGUGAAUGCGCGUUUAUUUCAAACUUACAUUUACUAACCAUUUUAAAUAAACUACUUACGUAAAAACAUAACGAUCUAUAAUUUAUGUUUAAUAAGUAUAUUUUCUGUGAAGUGAUAUGAGUGUUGUGUUUUAAUAUUAAGAACAUCAAACCGAAGAUGCUUGAAGAUUUAACUACUAAUUCCAACAGCAAUAACAAAAAUAAAAUCAUUUUUGCUAUUGCGUCAUGCGAUGUAGUUGUUUGACAAUGAUGUUAUUUACAUGAAGGGUGUUUCAAAAUCCUCCGUGUGACAAUGUCUGCGAGUAUCGGUGAGAAUGAACUAGCUCCCAGAUUGAGGAUGAAGCCAGCAAUCAGCAGGAUAUUCUGCUGCAGCGUAACGGCAGCCUCUGGGUUCAUAGCUGCUUAUGCGCUGGUCUCAUACGCGAUCGCUCUCAUCUACGAGAUCGUGUGGGUCGUGGAGUCUCAGAGCGGAGUUCCCGUAGCGUCCGUGCUCCUCAUGAUAUGCUACUGCGUGGUGAUAGCUGCUACUGUGGUGCUCGUUCACGGACUUAUAUCUAAGAACAAUACCUACCUCCUGGCGUGGCUAAUCUCCGUAAUACUGGUGCUGAUACCGGAGUGUAGUUUGGUCUUCUACAUGUCAAUCAGUCAUUGGGGUCUACAAGGAGUGUAUGGAGGAGCAGAGCUGGCGUGCUACGUGGCUCGUCUGCCGGCCAUAGUAUGUGGAGUAGUGUUGGUGCAGUCAGCGUAUGCUCUGAGAGAAGCUCGAAAAGAAGAGUACGGCCAUGGUGCAGGAGUAAGCGGGAGCGAGUUUGACGCGAGCCAUUACGUUCCUGAUGCCGCACCAGCCUUCACCAACGAUGGCUUUCUGCCGGACAACGGUAAAUCCGGCUCAAUGCCAGAUCUACGUCGACAUCUGGCAACCCGGCAAUCAAUGAUCGGCUAUCCAGUAAUGCUUCCCCAACCUCCUCCAGCAUACUGGCAACAUCUAGCCGACAGACAGUACGCAGCUAGUCUUCGCGGCAUGCCGAAAUCGUACCAAAUGCCACAGACGUACGGCACCUGGGUCGGACCCAGAACAGGACCGUACGACAAAAGAAGACAUUCCAUAGUAGGCGCAUUCGACGAAUACCCUACCAAGUACGAAUACGACGACCGAAUGGACUGCAAAAGCGAAAUGGCCUAUCCUUACAGGCCCUAUUACGAUCCCAGAGUGUACCCUCCAGACUACGACCCCAGAUAUUUCCAGGAAUAUAAAAGGGACGAUGCAGCGUACGGAGUGAAUCUGCUUCGACACGACCCCUACAACUUUAAUAGAGAUAGGUCGUAUUAUAUGCGUAACAGUCAUAAUUCUGUUGGCAAUGAGUCUGAUGAUCUUACUAAGUAUAAGGAUGUUGCGUUAUAACCAAAACUUGUUUUUAAGAUUGCUAAGAUAAUAUUAUACAUAGAUAGGUAGCAUCUACGUGCCCCUGUCGGAGGAACAGACUAACAGCCUUAAAUAAUUUAUACGUCUAGAUGGACUAUGACAGCUGUGAACAAAUCGAAAAAAAAAAGCGGUGAACAGUUUAUUACCUCUAUUUUCAGGAACUUUCAGACGUAACUUGUCAUGCACACAAAGUUACCCAAUUGCAAGUUAACUCAGUGUUCAAUAAAUAUUAUAAUUAGCACUUAUCCAGUUUAUAGGAAAUAGAUUAAACACAGAACGAUUGAAUAUGUAAGCAUUAUGUAACUAUGAAAAACUAUAAUUGAAAUAAUGUGGAGUUUUAUGUCCGUUAUAAUAUUAUUAUGAGAAGCAUUUUUGUUAAAAGUUUGAUAUGUUUAUAGUUAAGUUCGCAAAUAAAUGUUUUUAUUUGGUGCUGUCAUGAGUUGUACUUAGUUAUAAAAUUCUAAGGUUAUAAAUCAAGUAAAAAUUAGUAAAUAAUGUCAUGAUAAGGCGCCAAAAGCAUCUUAAUACGUCAUCGGCGCCAUCUUGCAAGACUAAAUUACUUUCUUGACAGAUGUGUAUCGUUAUUUUUUUAAGAUUUUAUGGCCCGGUAACGAAAGUGUGUCGUUAAAUACGCACAUAGAUUGUUUUUACCUUUCUAACAAAAUAUCUGUACCUAUUCAGAUUAUUAAGAUUUUAUUUUGGUAGAAAUGUUCAAAGAAUGGAUAAUAUCCGUUGUCUUUACAUAAAUGAGGAUAUAUCUAUUCAAUAUAAACAUGGAUUCUAGUAAAUAUUUUUUUAGAAUUUUGAAAUCAUUUCUUGAAUC